ACUCUACAGAGCAUCAAGGUUUACGCCUGCUUUGCAGAAGUAUUGCCGUACCGUUUCAAGUACUGCCGGAGAGACAAAGACAAAAAGAAGUCCCUCUGACCCGCGAACUCUUGCUGAGCAUCUAAAGUCUCUAAUCAUUGCGAAGGGGCCUCUCUCCAUCUCCGAAUUUACCAAAAUAGCGCUAAAUCACCCGACUUUGGGCUUUUACCAUAAUUGCGAUGUUAUUGGAAAGGAACAGAGCCAUUUCAUCACCUCCCCCGAGAUCAACCAGGCGUUCGGUGAAUUGAUCGGAAUCUGGUGUGUGACGCAAUGGGAGAGUUUUGGAAAGCCGAAAAAGAUGCAGCUCGUGGAAUUGGGACCUGGCCGUGGUACGCUGAUGAAAGACUUGCUGCGAGCGGCUCGCCACUUCCCUGGAUUCUACAACUCUCUGGACAUUCACUUGGUGGAGCUGAGUCCGGGUAUGCGAAGCAAGCAGAAAUACUCGCUGGACUGCAAGUACCCAUUCUACAGCCUUUCAUUCUAGGCCUCUCGAUCAUCCCGAACCAUCCGAUCCGGUGACCGGAAAGGAGCAUAUGACGCUGCGUGGGCCUUCGCCCAUUGACGUAUACUGGCACAACACGAUCGCCUCGGUCCCGCGGACGCUUCCUACGCUGAUUUUGGGCCACGAAUUUCUGGACGCGCUGCCCAUUCAAAAGUUCCAAUACACCAAGAAAGGCUGGCGCGAGAUCCUCGUCGACCUCAAGGAACACCUCGACUGGGACGAAGGCGACGUUUACAAGCAUCCGCUCCAGACAUCUGCAUCAUCUCCAUCAUCAUCUCCAUCCGCGUCAUCCGCGGCCGGCGAGGCUUCAGACGGCCCAAUCGAGUUCAAAGAAGUGCUCUGCCCGCACAACAACCUCGCGGCGACCGCCAUGCUCGGCGGGCUCUUCGAGGGCGAGCACGUGGACCAGAGCGUGUCCCGCGGGGAAAGCGGUACAGCUGGGGGCGCGGGUCGAUCGUAGCGUUCGUGAACCACCUGAAACAGCGCAAAAAGCUGCUGGAGGAGGCGAUGAAACGGUCGGGCGGGCUGGUGGACGCCGCGGGAAAGCCGGCGGGAACCGCGGUUCCGCUGGUGGACGCGGCGGGGGUUCCGCUGGGGGGCGUGAAGGAGCCGGUGCACAUCACGGAGGACAUUGAUGCGGUGCUGCGAUCACGUGGAGGGCAAUCGUCGAUGAAACCGACGACGAAACCGCCGACGAAACCGACGGCGAUGAAACCGCCGAUGAAGUCGGGGAGCGAUGCGAUGCUGAAUGUGUACGAUGCGAAGGAGGGUGACCGGAUUGAGGUGUGUCCGGAGGCGUGCAUGCUGGUGCAGGAGAUCGUGAUGUGGCUGGAGGAGACGAAAGGAAGCGCAUUGUUCAUUGAUUAUGGAAAUGACUAUGCGUCGCAGAAUAGCAUUCGUGGGAUCAAGAAUCAUCAGUUCGUGUCGUAUUUGCAGGAACCGGGGGAGGUCGACAUUACGGCCGAUGUGGAUUUCCAGGCGUUGAGAAAGGUGGUGGAGAAUAGCAAAUCGGCGAGUGUGAAGUAUCACGGACCGAUCCCACAGGGCUAUUUCCUCUGUGGAUUGGGAAUCGAGGAGCGAGUUCGACAGAUGGCCGAGACGGUGGAGGACGACGCGAAGGUGGACGAUAUUAUUAAAUCUGCGGAGAGAUUGGUUAAUAAGGACCAAAUGGGAGAAGUGUACAAGGUUUGCUGUCUGACGACUGGUGGCCAGCCUACUGGUUUUGAAGGAGAGGAACAAUUCUGUUGUGUUGUUUGUUUGAAAGGUGGAACAUCUCCAGUAUCCUCUUGUCGAAGAAACUGA